AAGAUGGUAUAUAUUAGAGAGUACUCUAGAACCCUAUUGCUGAAUCCUGAUCCAGACUGCAAAUUAUGUGUGUUUACGGGGUUCUAGUUAUUAUCUCACCUUCGACCACAGUUUAGAUCCUAUACAACCCCAUGAAAAAUACUGUUUGAGAACAUGGGGGGGAUAUUACUUGAAGCUGACAACAUGCAGAGGCAGAUGCAAGUUUGUAGUGAAACCUGUACCAUACUCCCACUGAUAAAUAGUUAGCAGAAACCAAAUUCAGCAACUAUGUAGUUCUUGGGGUCUCCUGCUUCUUCCAAUUAAGAAAUUAGCUUUCAGUAUAUAUUAUAUAAGUUUACUGGGUCAUUAGUGUUCAGCAAGAGCAAAUUGAGUUUGCAAGUAGUAAGAUCUAGCUGCUCUAUGGCAAGCGGAUUAAAAGGACCACCAGUUGUGUUUCUCAAUCAUGAUAAUCAUGGAACUGUAUUUAAUGUAGAAGGUAGUGGUAUCUACACACGAGUAUUGGGAAUGUCAAUGGUGACCUGGGUGCUAUUCGAUGAUAUUAAGUUAAGUAUCACCUAAGACAUUAUACUGGUGCUUUCAUGUCUCUUUGCCUGAUACUGUACCCUGUUGUUUGCCAAAUUCCUGCGCCAACUUGGUCAUGAGUUAUCAUGGUUAAUGACCCUUUUUAAAUUUUCUUCUGAAAGUUUGCUUAUUCAGCUGUUAAGUUUUUUGGCUGAACUUCUUACCAAAAAAAAAAGUUUCUUGGCUGAAUGAUGUUCCUUCAAACGAUAUCAACCUCACUGCACUGCUAUCUGUUUUAUGGGCAGGUGGGCUAUUGUAUAUCUUGCACAGAUGAAACCGCUCAUCGUUCCAAUCCUAAGCGAAGGGGAGUAGAAACACCCACGCAGAUGAAGAAGCCAGCCAGCCGAGGAUGUUAUUCGAUUAUUAUAUGUGCAGUCUGUGGCCGGAGCGACAUCUGAGUUUAGGGUUGGCCUUUCAAGGAUCGUUUGCUGUCUCCAUAUUUUGGGAUCUGUGUGUAGUUUGUUAUCACUAUGUAACUUGGAACUGGUUCUGCUUCUCAUUCAAAUUCUUAAAAGGGACAUGCAGCACGUAAACAAAACGAUUCUAUCAGACAAAUAUGAGCCUAGAGAUGAAUUUUGGGGUUCAAUAAUGAAAUACUGCCCAGAAAGAUGAAUUCUUGCAAGAUCAGUUCUUUCACCUGGUUUACGAUCCAGAGUUCUCUUCCAUUGUUAACUUUUCAUAGGUGGCGUUUGUUGUUUUCCGUUGGAUCGACCAAUCAUGGAUUGAGCUCUCCAAUACUUUUGUUUGAACAAAACCUUCCUACUGCUGUGCUGGCCACAGAAAGCAGAAGCUCUAAAUCGGAGUUUCACUUACAGAUCGCAGAAAGAUCUGCAGCAAAUAACGGCGUCGUAUUAAGCCAAGGGCGAACUGGUUUGGUCCCACCCAAUCUCUAUGAGAGACAAUAUCGGAUGUUUACAACCAGAAAGUGAUGGGAAAGUGGAAGAAAUGAAAGAAAUUGUUUUGAGAAAAUUCAACUCAACUCGAGUUUGUUGAAGUGUAAGCGUAUCUCGUAAAACCCUAAAAAAACCUCUGUUCUCCAUCAAGUCUCCCUCACUCAACGCCACAAGUACGUACACAACCAGAGAAAUGGCGACACUGCAGUUCCAGCUGCAGCUGGCGAAACCCAACACCUCGUCUUCAUCUUUCUCCGCCGUGUGCCUGCCUCAGCAGAGGCUCUGUUCUGCGCAUAGGAGUAAGCGGAAGGGAAGUACCACGUACAGGUCAUGGAGUUCGAGAUAUGGGAAUGUGAGCUGCUCAUUUUCUCAAAUGGACAAUGCCAAGAUUAAGGUUGUGGGCGUCGGCGGUGGCGGCAACAAUGCCGUUAAUCGCAUGAUUGGCAGCGGGUUGCAGGGGGUCGAUUUCUAUGUUAUAAACACAGAUUCUCAGGCUCUGUUGCAAUCUGCGGCCGAGAACCCAAUCCAAAUUGGAGAGCUUUUGACUCGCGGACUAGGUACUGGUGGGAAUCCCCUCUUGGGAGAGCAGGCUGCUGAGGAGUCAAAAGAAGCUAUAGCUGAUGCUCUGAAGGGGUCCGAUCUUGUGUUCAUAACAGCUGGUAUGGGUGGUGGCACGGGAUCUGGUGCUGCUCCUGUGGUGGCUCAGAUAUCAAGGGACGCAGGCUAUCUCACUGUUGGUGUAGUUACAUACCCCUUUAGCUUUGAAGGGCGGAAAAGAUCUCUGCAGGCAAUGGAAGCUCUAGAAAAAUUACAGAAGAAUGUUGAUACUCUGAUAAUGAUACCGAACGACCGCUUGCUUGACUUAGCUGAUGAGCAGACCGCACUUCAGGAUGCUUUCCUUCUUGCUGAUGAUGUCUUACGCCAAGGCGUUCAAGGAAUCUCCGAUAUUAUCACAAUACCUGGGCUGGUGAAUGUCGACUUUGCUGAUGUGAAGGCUGUGAUGAAAAAUUCUGGUACUGCAAUGCUUGGAGUUGGGGCUUCCUCUGGGAAAAACAGAGCAGAAGAAGCAGCUGAGCAAGCAACUUUAGCACCACUGCUGGGAUCGUCCAUCCAAUCAGCUACUGGAGUUGUUUACAACAUAACUGGAGGGAAGGACAUAACCCUACAAGAAGUGAACAGAGUUUCCCAGGUGGUAACAAGUUUGGCCGAUCCAUCCGCAAACAUAAUAUUUGGAGCAGUGGUCGACGAACGUUUCAAUGGAGAGAUUCAUGUGACCAUCAUUGCAACUGGUUUCUCACAGUCGUUUCAGAAGACACUUCUAACAGAUCCGAAGGCAGCCAAACUGCUUGACAAGAUGGCAGCAGGAAGCCAAGAAACUAGCAAAGAAAGCCCUCUUCCUCUCAAAGCUACUGCUGCUGCAACUUCCACCACGCCUUCUCCGAGGAAGCUCUUCUUUUGAUCGUAUAUUUUCUAACCAUUUUGUUCCCCUCUUUUGGUUUAUUCUUGAGAUGGAGAGGUUACCUCCUGCAAUGUUGCUGUAUAUUGAUUGUGAAGCUCCUCGAGUUGCAAAAUUAUAAUCUCUAUUCCUAUGCUUUUAGUUACUUAAUUGAAGCUCUGGCAAAUAAGAUAUAACAUCCAUA